CUGGACUCAGCAAAGUUUGCUUCAGUUGCACACAAGGCUAUGCAAACGCCAGUUGAGCAGCAGGAUGAACACAAGCUCCGACCCGGUUGUCAUCGUCUCGGCGGCGCGGACCGCCAUAGGCUCCUUCAAUGGUGCCCUGUCCACCGUGCCUGUCCACGACCUGGGGACAGCUGUCAUCAAAGAAGUCCUGCAGAGGGCCAAGGUAGCUCCAGAAGAGGUGUCCGAGGUCAUAUUUGGACACGUUUUGACGGCAGGUUGUGGGCAGAAUCCUACUCGACAAGCCAGUGUGGGCGCAGGGAUCCCCUACUCGGUUCCAGCAUGGAGCUGCCAGAUGAUCUGUGGCUCAGGCCUAAAAGCUGUGUGUCUUGCAGCCCAGUCCAUAGCUAUGGGCGACUCCACCAUUGUGGUUGCUGGAGGCAUGGAGAAUAUGAGCAAGGCUCCUCACUUGGCUCACCUGAGAACAGGGGUCAAGAUGGGUGAGAUGUCGCUGGCUGACAGCAUACUCUGUGAUGGCCUCACAGAUGCAUUUCACAACUACCACAUGGGCAUCACAGCUGAAAACGUAGCCAAAAAAUGGCAAGUGAGCAGAGAGGCCCAGGACAAGGUUGCAGUUCUGUCCCAGAACAGGGCGGAGCAUGCGCAGAAAGCUGGCCACUUUGACAAGGAGAUUGUGCCAGUGCUGGUGUCUUCCAGAAAAGGUCUUACUGAAGUGAAAGUGGAUGAGUUUCCUCGUCAUGGGAGUAACCUUGAAGCCAUGGGCAAGCUGAAACCUUACUUUCUUACUGAUGGGACAGGAACAGUCACAUCUGCUAAUGCAACAGGAAUGAACGAUGGUGCUGCUGCUGUGGUUCUUAUGAAGAAGACAGACGCUGAGCGUCGGAUGCUGAAACCUUUAGCACGAAUAGUCUCCUGGUCACAAGCUGGUGUGGAGCCAUCUGUUAUGGGAGUAGGACCAAUUCCAGCCAUAAAGCAAGCUGUUGCAAAGGCAGGCUGGUCCCUGCACAAUGUUGACGUGUUUGAAAUCAAUGAAGCCUAUGCUGCUCUCUCUGUUGCAAUAGCUAAAGAACUUGGAUUAAACCCUGAGAAGGUCAACAUCGAUGGAGGAGCCAUUGCCUUGGGCCAUCCUCUGGGAGCAUCUGGCUGUAGGAUUCUAGUGACCUUGUUACACACGCUGGAGAGAGUGGGUGGGACACGUGGUGUUGCAGCCCUGUGCAUUGGAGGUGGGAUGGGGAUUGCAAUGUGUGUUCAGAGAGGAUGAUCUGAACCUUGAGCCACCCUUGGAUGAGCCACCACCUUUGGACAAUUCUCAUUAUAUCAGUGAAACACUAAGUAGAAAGUGAAAUCAGAGGACCAAACUGAGGACAGGAACCCAGGUAGACAGCUUGCUUUAAUGUGAGACAUCCAAGGCUAAGACACUGCACCCGACAUUGUUAUAAAUAAAAGGGAAAUCCAAUCAGUCAUCAAGGGCUCCAGAGUGAACAGCAUUUUCAUAA